AUGGAAGCUAUCGUAGAAAAGAUGUCUGAUGAAGUUACAGGAGUCCCAGUGAAAACGGUAAAGAAUUUUAUGACGAAAACGCCGUCCGUUUUUACUGGAACGGAUUUAAUAUCUUGGAUGAUGAAGGCCAUGGCUAUAGAUGAUCAAGAGGCGCUUCACGUGGCACACCUAAUGGCAUCCCAUGGAUAUUUCUUCCCCAUCGAUGACCACUGCCUUACCGUAAAGAACGAUAAUACUUUCUAUAGGUUCCAAACACCAUAUUUUUGGCCAUCAAAUUGUUGGGAACCGGAGAAUACCGAUUAUGCUGUUUACUUGUGCAAACGGACGAUGCAGAACAAGACUCGGCUGGAAUUAGCAGAUUACGAGGCUGAGAAUUUAGCUAAGCUGCAGAAAAUGUUCUCGAGAAAAUGGGAGUUCAUUUUCAUGCAAGCGGAAGCUCAGAGCAAGGUUGAUAAGAAAAGAGACAAACUGGAGAGGAAGGUGCUCGAUAGUCAAGAAAGAGCUUUCUGGGACGUCUACAGACCAAUGCCUGGUUGCGUUAAUACGACCGAGAUGGAUAUAAAGAAAGCCUGUCGCACUUAUAAACCAACGUCGAAGUCUAGCAAACAUCAUCAAUUAGGCAUAGCUAGUACAGACGUUCCUUCGCAAUCGGAGUCAUCGGUAUCAGCGAUAGAAACAUUGAACAAAGAAAUUGACAUGUUGAAAGCUAGAUUAGAUCGAACGAGCACGAAGGUUUCGAAAGUUUCCGAGGCUCUGAUCGCAUAUUCCGAACAGUAUAUGGAGUACGAUCCAUUUGUCGUACAGCCGGAAUUGACGAACCCGUGGAUUUCGGAUAAUCCAGAGAUGUGGGAGCAAGAAAAAUUGGCGAAAGAGAUAGCUACGAGGCGGGUAAAGAGGUGGGCUUUCAGCCUACAAGAAUUGCUACAGGAUCCCGUGGGUAGGGAACAGUUCACAAGAUUUCUGGAUAAAGAGUUCAGUGGCGAGAACCUGAAAUUUUGGGAAGCCGUGCAGGAAUUGAAGACGCUACCGCAGAAGGAGGUGCAGAACAAAGUGAACGAGAUCUGGAACGAGUUCUUGGCUCCAGACGCCAGCUGCCCGAUCAACGUCGACUCACGAUCGUACGAGAUAACGAAGAAGAACUUACAGAAACCAGAUCGUUGGUGUUUCGACAUAGCAGCGGCGCACGUUUAUCAUCUGAUGAAAAGCGAUAGUUACUCGAGGUAUCUUCGCUCGGAAAUGUAUAAGGAUUUUCUCAGUGGCUCGAAGAAAAAGGAGUUGUCCAAUCUUUUGUUAAUUCGGCUUUCAAUUGCAACUUUACUACCGACAUUACCUCGGUAAAAGGUAUUCGUUCUAUUGUGUCGUUCAGCGGGCGCAAGGACACGGCCACGUCCUAAUUCACCGGCAAUGUAAAUUUAAUCACGAGAAACGAGAUUUCCGCGAAUCUCGUUUCCACGUUUUCGUGUUCAGACCGACCGUCGAGGAGGGACGACGCCGCGCCAUUCAGUUCGUUGCUGUUCCCUGGCUAAGAGUAAGUAAUAAACAGGCGAAUAGUGUUAGCAAGUUUAGCUGCGAGAGAACCCACAGCCAAGGAAUCCGACUUGAAUCGAGUACCGUGCCGCAGAACGUGCGCCAUUUUCCUCAAGUAAAAUAAAAUAAAGAACGGUGAGAAUCUUUUAGUUGUGGGUUUCCUUGAAACAAUUUAGCCAAUAAAAGAGAGCUAAGUUCUGUAAAUAUAAUUUAAUCUGAUAGACGUAUCUCGCGUACAAGCAUAAAUAUAGUACUGGGAAAAAUCCGUAGGGAAGAAUCCAGCAAAUAAUUAUUUCGUAGAAUUACACACACGCUACGUCGUUAAUUGAUCGUGUCACCGUGAUAUAUUGUUCUGUAGCCUCGGAUUAAUAGUACAAUCGCCAAGUAAUAAUUGUUUUAUCGAGGAAUUAUUAAUUCAUAGAAUUACAACAACUGAUCGUGUCUUCGUAAUACAUUUCUCUCUAGCCUCGAAUUAAUAGUAAAAUAAUCAUUAUUUUCAUCGAGGAAUUAUAUAAUUUAAGGUAGCUCGAUAGCGUGUGCAAAACAUAUACAGGGGCGGAUUAAGCGGCCGCGUGGGGCCCUGAGGGUCUAAAAAUAUCUUAACUUAAAGAUUUUAGAAAUUACCGAAAAGGUUCAAAAAACGCUCCUUAAAAUAAUCAAACA